ACAGUAUGCUUGCAUAGUGUGUGUUGAUCUUAAUCCCACAAGUCAAGGCAUACCCUGAGAACACAUUAUAUCACAACACGGUAUACACAUGUAUAUCUACUGUGUUGUGAUGUAUUAUACACUGAGUAACGUUAUGCAUGCAUGCUUAUUUAGUCAGCAUUUAGCAUAUUACGUAUUUACAUGAAGUAAAUUCAUCUUGAUUGGUGUGUAUGUUAAUUAUUAUGGAUUACACAUUCUCAUGCACUUCCACAUUUGAUUUGUCAACCUUCAGUGCAGUUACACCCCCGCGGCAUCAUUGGUAUAUAACACAACUAGUCAAGGCAUAAUUAUUAUACACCAAAAACAGAGCAUAGGUGUUAAUAUAUCGUAACAUGAUGAUGAUGGCAAAACCGUAUUUAAGCAGAGUGAUUUUUAUACUGGCAGCUGCCCUGUGCUUUACGCCAGUAGCUCGUAGCGCUGGUAUCCUGGAGGGUUCGUUCCAAUGUGACACUGAUCGAAACCUUCCAGAAGAUUUUCACAAACAAGUUUAUCAGGGCUACAACCAUCAAGAGGAUCAAGAUAGUGAGAAAAGAGGAGCUGUAUACGAUAUGAUUCAUUAUUUGAUUUGCGAUGGCCAGACGGAAUUCUCCUGUUUGCAUUCAACUCCUCUGUUGGUGAGCAUCUGAAGAACUUGACCCUUGGUGCAAUGGAAGAGAUAAUGAGAGAAAGCUGUGUUCAGUUUGUGAACGUUAAUGAUACAUUUAACGGAGAUUACGUCGUGUUCACAGACCAAGGUGACGGAUGUGCGUCAUACGGAAUAGGCUUUGGCACGCCAUUGAUUACGCUACCAGAUUUUGGUACUGAAGGCACUUGUCAGCAUCAUGGUGUCAUCGUUCAUGAGAUACUACAUGCAUUAGGCUUCCUUCAUGAGCAAAGCAGGCCAGAUCGUGAUCGCUAUAUAAACAUAAAUGAUGAAUAUUUUGUUGAACCCAGAGAAGAGAUUGCAUUGCAAUUUACGAAACUAUGUGAAUGCUUUUACGAUUACCAGGGUAGUGAAUAUGAUUACGGCUCAAUAAUGCAUUAUGGUAUUUAUGAUUUCUCCAAUGGAUCUGGUCCAGUAAUCGAAGUCAACAAUGAACAAGCGUACGUGCGACAAGGAUCACCUAGAAUUGGCCAAGUGGUAGGACUAAGCCAGGGGGACAUUUUGCAGUUGAAUCGGCUGUACAAUUGUCCAGCUGCUUGCAUACGAGGUGAACUACGCGUGUUCAUUAAAAGUGCAAGUGAUGUGCCCUAUUAUGCUGUAAACCGUCCGCUUUCAAACAAUUACACAACUGGACUGUAUGCAGUAGUCACAGCCAAGGAUGAAAUAGAACAAACAGUCACCAAAAGGACACAAAGUAUUUUCAACACACAGAAUCCGAUAUGGAACGAAUACCUCUCUUUAGGUUCAAGUCAAUGGCGCAACUUUCAAGUAUCAAUCCGAGAAGAAGUUACAAAUCAACCUAGAAGUAAUAUGAGCAGAGAUGGUGGCUUUCCACGGGAUGAAUAUGAUUGCAAUGUGGGGAUAGAUUUGAGCAUGGAAGUUUUUGAUACUAGCGCUGAUUAUGUGGUGGUGUGCAGAAAGACGACUUGGGUGGAGUCGGUUGAUGCUAGUGAAGUGGUUUACAGUGGAAAUCAAGAGUUUUGUAUCGAGGCAAACACAUGCGUAAACUUUGAGUACGAAUUGCGACCAAACAAUGUUCCGUGCAAACCGAACCCAUGCCGCAAUGGUGGUGCAUGUGUGCACAUUUUUGCAGGGUUUAGGUGUGAAUGUCCUAGCGGGUACAUAGGUCGACGGUGCGAAUUGUUGUCACUCAAGUCGUGCGAUUCGCAAUACAUAUGCACGUACUGUGCCAGUUUCUACAACUCGAUGUGUCUACAAGGCUAGCUGAGGCUUUCGAAUGAACUCAACCUAACAUUUACACUAGAAAAAUGCUAUGUACACUUUAGAUUCCUGACACGCAUAAUUAGUUACAUUGUACGUAUGCGUACUGACUACGUUCUAAGGGUGAUAGCACCAUUGAUUAUAGUCUGACACCUGUAAAAUGAUAUUUCCUGUGUUGAUACUAAUGCCAUGCACUA